CUUGAAGUAAUGGUUCUCCAAGACGCUCCUGCGGGGUUUGAGAGUGCUGCAGCGGUUUUGAAUUCUUUACCACAAGAUUAUCUGGCUCAAACAUGUCAGGAAGUGCUUUCAUUUCUUCAGUACAAGGUUGGCUGUGUGAAUGUAAAGAAACUUAGAACUCAACUAGAUGGUGCAGGCUGUAGUCUAACACAAGAAAAACUUCAAAGUGCUGUCAAUGCUUUGACAUUUGUUUUUAGAUCUGCUGCACAGGAGCAUGUUGCAGUUGAUGCAUUGUCAGAAGAGUUGGGGUCCAGUAACUUGUUCUCAGAAGAAGCAGUAGCCAUCAUCAAACAUUUAUGGAGUGAAGAGGGAAAAUCGCUUUUGUCACCUGAUGUUGCAUCAAGACUGCUUAACGUUGGGCAUCUGGUUGGCAUGAAGUGGAAGUUAGGUGUUGCAAUGAGCUCAAGCAGUUGUCGAAGCCUCAAUACACCGUAUGUAACAAUGGUUCUAUCAGUGGGUGAUGCAUCUGGGUUGGUUCGUGAUCACUCGUUUGAACUAUCCAUCGCCGAGUUUCAGAAUUUCUCCAAGCAGGUGAAAGAGAUGGGAGCAAUACUGGAAACAGUGUAAAAUGUAUGGUAUGUGAUGUGGGUUGACAGUCAUGGCCGCAUACAGUAUGUGCUUGGGUUUGUACAUUGAGUUUCUAAUAAAGAAUCGGAUUGAGAUCA